AUGUCCCAGGCUGUUAAAAGAGCCUGCGAUGCCUGUCAUCGUCGCAAAGUCAAAUGUGACGGCAUCAACCCCUGCCGCAACUGCUCCUCCGCCCAGCUCUCCUGCACCUACAAUGCCAUCCCUCAGAAAAAGGGCCCCAAGGGCUCCCGCGCCAAAGUCAUUUCCGAAUUACGCGAGACCCAGCGCCUCACCUCUCUUUCCGCCAAGGUCCAGAAUCGCAUGAAUGGCAUCGCCUGCCCUCAGGCCAACUCUCUCACCCCGACCCCGGGCAUCGUCACCUCAGAUCUCGUCAAGGACUGCGCCACCUUCUUCUUCGACCACAUGUAUCCCCAGGCUCCCAUCCUUGAUCGCCGGCAAGUCGAACACCAGCUUCUUUACAUGGAGCAAAAUCGUGACGCCUACUGCCUCAUGACCGCCAUGUGCGCUUUUGUCAUGCUCCAGCCCGGCAUGUCCAUGCCUCCCGGCGACCCCUAUAACCUCGACAUGGUUCCCGGCGCCAACAUCAUCUCCUCCCAGCUCCUCCUCGAAGAAGCCCACAAGGUCCGCAAGGGCUACGAAUACCUCGACUCCAUCACCUUCAACGCCCUCGCCACAAACUUUUUCCUCUUUGCCUCUUACUAUGGACAGGAAAUGCACGACAAGGCCUGGUACUACCUUCGCGAGGCCACCACCAUGAUUGCCAUGAUUGGCAUGGACACUGAGGACCACUACCUACAGUUUGACGCCGUCGAAUCCGCCCGUCGCCGCCGUCUCUACUGGCUCUUUUACUCUGUCGAGCGCGCCUACGCCCUUGGCCGCGCCCGUCCCAUCACUCUCAAGCCUACCAUCAAUCUGCCCACACUCGCCGACGACCCUUCGGACCCUCUGGCUCACCAGCUCCACAGCUUCAUCGUGCUCGUCAACCUCUACCGUCCCUUUGACGACGCCUUCAUCACCCUCUGGAACAAGACCCGUACUCACCUUUCCGCUCAGUACAUCGGUGGCCUGCAGAAGCAGCAAAAUGACCUCUCCCAAAAUUACGCCUGCCAGGAUCCCAACUUUGCCGACUUCCGCACCAACCAGCAGUGGCUCAAGAAUACUGUCUGGCAGCUUACCAACGGCGCUAAUGCCAACGCGAAAGACAACUCAUUUUACAAUGGCGACAUGGCCCGCGAUCUGCUACUCAACCUGGCCGCCUCAUUCCCCAACCAGGGCCUGGACAUUGUCAACACUGGUCUCAUUGAGAAGCUCGUCGAAGCCUCCUGUUCUCUCACCGAGUUCCUCUCCAUCCAACCCGCCUCCCGCGAUCCCUUUGCUAUUGGACCCCGCGAGUAUCUCAAUCAAAUCCUUACCUCAGUCGCUCUCGCCCGCGCCGGCGAGCGCCGCUUCCUGCCCCUGCUCAUGAGCAAGCUGUCCGACAUUCUACCCCGUACCAUCAACCCCAUGCUGCAGAAUGCCCCCGAAAACGUCAACAUGGCCUCGGUUGACAUUUUUGACGGCUUCGGCAACGCCGGAAUGGCCCAGCCUCCGAUGCCUAUGAUGGACAGCGACUACGUCGACAGCAAAUAUGCCAUCGACAUAAACCACCACACCCCCGACUCCAACUCGCACGCCAACCACACCCCGCCCGGUUCUGGCUCCGACAUGGCCAACUCGUUUGUCGCCUCGCCCGACAUCAUGUCACCCACCGGCAUGGACUACUCCAACAGCAACAAUAAUCUCUCCAUCAACACCUUUGGCGUAAAUCCCAUGCAAGAGAUGGUCAGCCCGGUCGGGCCCUCACCCCAGCACAUGCAUAUGCGUCAGGGCAUGCCCAUGACCAACAUGAUGCUCCAGCGCCAGAGCAGUUUCAUGCAAAGCAACGACUAUCAUUCCAUGCCUGGCGAGAUUGAUUUUAGUUCUCUGCGGUAA